AUGCUUACAGUUUUAUUUUCAUAUUUUAUUGAGUUAGACAACACUACAACAGUUAUACUCUUGUGUCUAGUAGUAAACACACGCAAUGUUUGUCCAACUGGUACCGGCAUAUGCUCCUUUCCUUCAGGAAAUGUAUCAUUUUGGAAUGAACAAGGAACUAUUCAAGAGACUUUAAGUGCAGGUCAAGCUUACACUGUGGUUCUAGAACUUGAAAUGCCAGAUUCACCUGCUAAUAGAGAGUUGGGGAUGUUUAUGCUUUCACUUAAAAUGAUUGACAGAGAGGGACAAGUUUCUUUAACCUCUGAGAGAUCAGCUGUUUUGAAAUACAGGUCACUUGUCUCACGUCUUUUCGAUUUGUUUGUUUGGAGCCCAUUUUAUUUCUUUGGCUACUCGGAAGAAAAACAAACACUGACAGUCAAUAUGUUCACUCACUAUGUGGAUGAUUAUUAUCACCCAUCAGUAGGAGCAAACAUUGAAGUACACAGCUACAAAAUAGAAAUAUAUUCUGCAACUCUCAAUUUCUUUGCCAAUUUUACUGGUUUAAAAUACUUCCUGUAUUUCUGGCCUAUAACCAGUGCAUUCCUGGCAUUUUCAUUCAACCUGUUCAUUCUAAGCCUGGGGAUGGCAAUGGCUGCCUUUCAGAGGAGUGAGACUUUGAACAACUUAGCGCAACUGACCAGUGGUGAAAACCAAAAUGCCAUAACGCACCAAGCUAAGAUAACAGUUUCUAAAUCCACGAUGACUGAAGACUUAGAUCAGCCAGAGCAAGAUGAUGAUAAAAAUGAUUUACCAUUGAUACAAGAACCAGCAGAUUUUCAUCUUGAACCAGGGGAUGAUGGAAUGGACUUUGUUAAUGAACUCAGGCAAAGAAGAAUCAACUAAUUUUUUUCAUGACUAAUAAACUGUGUAAGAACAUAACUAUGAUCAUAGUUAUGUCUAUAGAGAUUUUAUAUUUUAAAAAUCAUGUCAGUUGUUAGUGUAAAAAAAAAGUGUAUUAUGUUUUGCUUAGUGCUUUUUUUUUAAUUUUUAAAGAAAACCUAAUGAAUUAUUAAAUCAAAUAGUGUUUGUUAACAUUGCCUUAAAAUUCUAACUAGUUUAUCUACUUAUACAAAUAUUAGCAGUAUACAAGUAGAAGUAUAUAUAUCUAAGUUUCAAUGCUGACAAUUAAAGUCUAGGAUAUUCCAUUUUAAAAAAAAAAUUAAUUUUGAAGCUAAAGCUGUAUAUCUUAGAAGAUGUUUAAAAUUUUCUGUCAUUCACAGUAGUCACACCAAUAACAUAUUCCAAUUAUGUCUCUUUUGGUCCAGCCUUAUAAGCAGAUAAUAUGGACAGACACAAAGUGUCUACUGUGAUCUUGCUGGUUGUUACUUUUAACUGUUUUUUUGUUUUGUUUUUUUAUUCAUGUUCAUGACUAUUUUUUAAUGUAAUUAUUUUUUAAACAUUGUUUACAAUUUUAAUUAUCCCCUAUUGCUAGUCAGCAACUGAUUUCCUUGCAAUUGUCUUAUUGUAUUAAUAUGAUAAUUGUUAUUUAUGAUCCAUAUUGGAUGAAUCUUGUAAUGCGCUUCCAUAAAGCUUGUGUAAUGUUAAUAAAUGUCAUAAUUAAUUUUAAAA